AUGCCUGCUAGUGGGCGAGCGGCCUGUUCUGCUGGUCUAGGCAGCAGCAGCAGCACCAGCACCAGGACAACGCCCCAGGACCACGGCACCAAGCGCAACGAGAAAGCGAAGAGCUCGCAGUCGAUGCAGAGCCCCCGCAGAGAGUCGGCCCAGAACUCUGCUGGUGCGACCCAUCAACGUCCCGGGCUUAAGAGCCGUGCAUACUCGGCGCCCAUGAUCCCGAAGAACCAUGUUGACGGAACCGAGAACGACCAUGAUGACGAAGAAAUUGCGGGAGACCCUUUCUUCCAGCGCUAUAACUUCCCCCAGGCGGGUGCGCAGAGCAAAGAGGCCGGCGAAGCCUCAUCCAGCUCUGUUGACGGCUCGUCCGACACCGAAGGCCCCCUCUCGCCCACGCACAUCAAGAACCGCCAGGCAGGAGCUACCGACUCUCUCCCCAGCCCGCAGUCGCCGGCGCCUUCCGUAGCUUCUGGAAACAGCGAUUUAGCAUCCGCAAUGCAGGACAUCAACAUUGCCGUGCUGGGGGCCCGCGGCACAGGCAAGUCCUCCUUCAUUCGACGUGCCCUCAAUCUGCCUGACGCGCCGCCCUCGGCCAUAUUCACGCGCAAAAUGACAAUUGAUGGUGGAUACUAUAUAGUUCGCUUCUUGGAACUGUGCUUCAGUGAAGUGCAUAUCGGAGGCCGGAAUAGCAUCAACUGGCCCGACACCAUUGAUAACCUGGCAAGGCCUCGAAUCGACGGAGUAAUCACUAUUUAUGAUGUCACGAGUCAUGAGAGCUUGGCGCAGGUGCCGGAAAUGCUCAAUGCGAUAUCAAGAUCCUCCCUGCCGUUUGUGCUUGUAGCGUGUAAAUGCGACACCCAUCGAGAUCAUCGCCAAGUCGAUCCCCAAGUAGUCGAACAGAAGGCAAAAUCAUUCCUAGGAGAUGUGAUUACUUUCCAGACUUCUGAGGCGUCACCAGAAGCACACAAACGAUGUCUUUCAGUGCUGACUCGUGCGGUCAUUGCGGCGAAAAGACCUCGAUCGCAAGCAUCAUCACGACGGCGAGCCAAUUCUUCUGCCGUGCGUCAUGUAACACCAAGAGAGCCAUUUGCGGCGAGGAAACAUGAGCGUGCUAGCUCCGAAUUCUCCAUGUCGAGGUACCGACCACGAUCAUCUGAGGCUAAAGGUCAUAGGUAUAAGUCCAGCGAAACGCCGGGGCAUACAUUCCUCGAUCUCGACGAAUCUCCAGGUUAUGAUUCGUACGAUUCCGAUGCCCAACCAUCUGAUGGCGAGCAGAGUACUGUUUCGGAGCAGCCUUCUAACGAGAAGGGUUAUUCCUUCGAUCAGCUAGUAGAUCGCCUUCUUGCCCAACCCAUGUCAAAGAAUGACUCAAAAUUCGUUGCAAUAUUUCUCUCAUUAUACCGCAGGUUCUCGACACCAGGCCAAUUACUUGAAGCAAUAUUGAAACGAUUCGAGGCAUUGAAGAAGGAUAAGAACCCCCACGUGAUCCGCAUUAUUUCGCAGCUCCGCUAUCUAGCUGUCCUACAGCAAUGGGUCAGCUGCUAUCCAGGUGACUUUGCCUAUCGUACGACGCACCGCACGAUUCGGAAGUUUGCUCAGGAACUGGCGACCAACAAAGAGUUUUCAGUAGCCGCGAAGGAGAUUUUACAUGAUCUCGAAAUGGUUCAGGAGGACGAUGAUACAGACUGGGCAUGCAAUGAUCGGCAAAGAUAUCAAACCGAGCCAGUGCCGACUUUCCACAAUGUUCUGGACGAAGACUCGGAAGACGAUGAGUUUACAAGAGCGAUUGGCCAUCUUUCGGUAUCAUCAGCCGACCGCUUGUCCAUUGCUCGAAGCAUGAACACAGUCACGACAAACACAUCGCGUAACACCCAGUCAACGACGGGCUCAGGGAGCUCCUCACAGACUCUGCUUCAUCAGGUUGAGAUGAACCAAAAGUUGGCAAAACAACUUGAGCCGAACCCUAUCAAGCCCUUGUCAAAAAUCCAAUGGCAUCAGCUUAUGAACGAAUCAGAUGAAGCUAUUGCUCGAGAGUUGACUCGAGUUGAUUGGAUCAUGUUUUCUUCAAUUCGGCCCCGCGACCUUGUGCGGCACGUGAGUAUGAAUGCAGAGGAAAAAAAACGGUGCAAGAGCUUGGAAAAUGUCAACCGUAUGAUCGACCAUUUCAAUCAUGUGGCAUACCUCGUCACCAACUAUAUUUUGCUGCGAGACAAGCCGAAGCAUCGAGCGUUGAUGCUGGAGAAAUGGAUGCAGGUCGCUCGUGCCGUCCGUAAGCUCAACAAUUACAACGCACUUGGCGCCGUUCUUGCAGGAAUUAAAGGAACCGCCGUACACCGUCUAAUCGCCACCCGGGACUUGGUACCUCAAACGACGGCCAGGGAUUUCAUGAAAUUAGAGAUCCUAAUGGGUACGCAAAAGUCAUAUUUCGCCUAUCGACUCGCUUGGGACAAUUCUUCCUUGCAUCGAAUCCCUUAUAUUCCGUUGCAUCGACGAGACCUCGUAUCGGCAUCAGAAGGAAAUUCGACUUUCGUGGGGGACAAAAAGCCUGCACCGGCCUUCUCACCUCACCCUGGCAUCUCUGUUUUCCAAGGCGCCCCUGGAAAUCGAGAUUCUCGAGAAGCGCCUCCCGGGGGCGUUGUAGGAAAGGAACGUAUCAAUUGGCGGAAAUUUGAGAUUAUGGGUGAAGUCAUCGUUGGAGUGCAACGUGCUCAAGGCACGCCCUACCCGACACUUCCGAAGAAUGACAGUAUCCGGAAUUUACUCCUUGAUGUCCAGAUCGUGAAAGAUGACGAUGAUCUUUACGAUAGAAGUGUGCAAUUAGAAGCUGCAGGAGCUGGUGAACGACCUAGGUUUAAUUGGUUCCGCCAGCGUUAG